GGCGCCGUGACGGCCUAUAGCGGCAGCAGCAGCAGCAGCGCGGGCGGGGACUCGGCCACUUUCAUCGAGAGUGUGCCGGUCACAGUCUCGCUGGAGAAUCUGGAUGGUCAGCACAGGGAGGCACAUUGGCCAAGGAUGAGAGAUACAGUUUGGAAAUUGUGUUGACUUCGUAGACGGUAUACAAUCACACAAGGCUUCAAACCAAGAAGUGCUUGAGCGAUCCUCGUGCUGCAAUGUAAUGGAGCUAAAAUGUGGCCAGUGGUUUUUAACCUCUUCAAAGAAAGGACAUCAAAAAGUAUAAAAGAAACCUUGCAUAAACAUUUUUUAAAGAAUUGAUCGAGAACAUUUUUCCAUGUCUGCCAUCUUGAGUUUUACUCUGAUAAUAGUGUGUGUGACUACAGAUGCUAAUGGAGGUACAUUGUCUUAUGUUGGCCAGCUGAAUUCGGAUGCGAAUUUGGAACUGCAGGCUGCAGUGUCUCCACAGCCUUUGCUGCAGCGAGAUAGUGUGAGUGCUAUUUCAACUGGCAAUCCGCUGCUUCAGAUUCAUCCUUUGGAUGCAGGGUCACAACGUCUGCAAAGUGUUAUUCUGGAGGGACAAGGAGAAGGCAGCAGUGGUACAAAGGAAGUGGAGAAUGAUGAACCAAAGAAAAGAAAAGGCGGUUGGCCCAAAGGCAAGAAAAGAAAACCUCCAAAAGAUUUUACUGCACCAAGGGCUCCGACUACAGGGUAUGUGUUAUUCCUGAAUGAACAGAGAGCCAAGCUGAAAAUUGAACACCCGGAUCUUCCUUUUACAGAGAUUACAAAGUUACUGGGCACUCAGUGGUCCCAACUCCCUCAGGAGGGCAAACAGAAGUAUAUUGAUGAAGCAGAAAAAGACAAGCGGCGAUAUAUUGAGGAGCUGAAAGCAUAUCAAAAUUCAGAGGCUUAUCAAGCUUUCCUAAAAAGAAGAGCAAUGAACAAAGUAAAAAACCUAUGUGGUGUGGAGUCUCUGGAUGCUGAAUUCGAAAGUGAAGCAAUUUCACUGUCAGAAAUUGGCGGUGAAGAUAACAAUGGCCUGUACUGCAAAACAUGUAAUCAGUACUUUAGCUCAUUACAUAACAAGAAGGAACAUCUUUUUGGAAGGCAGCAUCUACAGAAUUUGACAGGAGAUUUUGAGAAAGAGGCAGCUGAGCUUUCUAAACAAGAGCAGCAGCAGGGUGAUGAAGACUCGGCGGAUGAUGCUGACAGUGCAGAGCUGUCCCACUUAUGUGGCCUGACCUCAAAGCAUAACUAUACAUCACUUAAUCUAAGUUUCCUGGAAGAAUAUAUUUUCAAGCAGGUAAAAUUCUGUUUUGUUUAUAUCCUAGUAAGAGAGUUGGAACUUGGUGAACUUGCAAAAUCUUUGGAGCAUUCACAAGAUGAGCACGAAAAUUUAAACAAACAGUUGGAAGGAUUGAAGAAUCAGAAGGUAAAGUUGGAAACCGAUCUUGCAAACUUGAAAGCCUAUGGAGUAUCAUUGGAUGCACAACUGGAAAGUUUAAAAAUGAUUCCAAUGCUCUUUCAGUUCCACAUUCAAAUAAUGGAUAAUGGAAAUUGCAUUCGACAGAAACAGUUCCUGUCUCUGGAUACACUCAUGAAGUAAAGAAACACUCCAAAUUGCAGAAGAAACACUCCAAAUUGCAGAAGCCUUUUGUUAACAGUACUGUAUAUGAAGAAUAGACAUUGAAGGAUGAAGAAUAGAAAAGAUUCUGAAGAAGCACCUCAGGUCAGAUGUGAAUGCUGAAUUUCACAGGGUUUCUACCUGUUUCUAGAGAUUUUGUCUGUUGAAGUUGACUUUUAUGAAUUUUUUUGAAAUGCAAUGAUUUUUGCUGUUCAAUAUGUUCUAACUGUGCUCUAUUCGGUUAUAAAAGCAUGUAGCAAAUAGUCUGUUUUUACUAUAUACUACAUACUAUGUCGACCAUGUGGUGAAGUUACUUUACAAAUACACAUUACUGAUUAGAAUUGUCAAACAGGCCAUCUUCACAGGCUAAAGUGUGACUGGUUUGAUCAUUAUAUGGGGCAAUUCACAAGACAUUUCAAGUCCAGUAGUGAAAUAUGUUUGCCACGGUCAUGUAAUACCUAAGCGUAGUGUAAGUGAAUGUUUUUCCUCUUUUUCCCCUACUGUCUUUUCUUUUGGACAGAACACUACAGUUUUGUGGUUAAAACAAAUUCUCCUCCGUUUUGCAUGCACCAAGUGGCACAGCAUUUUUUUUUUUUUACAUACAAUUACAGUAAGAAAUAUCUUUUACAACACAUGUAAGGGAAAGUGGUCUCCAUUUGUGGUUUUUCUACAAAUUGUGAACUGUGGUUUGCCUUCCGUUUAAAAAUAAUUAUGUACUUUAUUGGAAAACUACUUUGCCUAGUUUUUUGAAAUUGCAGCAAAUGUAAUUUUCACAGUAGUACUUGUGUUAUUUGCUGCCAGCUACUCAAAGCAUUAUCAAAUGUUUUGUACAAAAUGUACAUGUGUAUCAUACUAGUUUUUUUAAAUGUAAAUUGGCUAGUGAUUUUUAAAGCAUAUAUUGUGCUGAACUACAUCAUUUCCAAUUGGUGAUGAACAUUAUAUUGAGCACUGUUAUUCUUGGUGCCAACCUAGAAGGCAAGAUUUCUAGUAAAUGGCCAUUGUCUUAUUCAUUCAUCAGUUGGUGCUAUGGUAGUGAGACUUCUUAAUUGCACUUUCAUAUAUGAAUCAUAUUGUAGAAUGUGUAUUUUUAAAUGAUGCUUAAGAAAACUAUGAGCCUGUUUUAUAGAUAUAAAAAAAAGUAUGUUUUGGCGUUUUAAAUGUUUACUAAAUCAUUGAGAACACAAAGUGUUUUCCAUAUAGUAUUGCUACAUUUGGACAAAUAAAGUACUGUAUAUUUAUUUUUAUUGUGAAAGUAC